GCACCGCUCGGGGCCGCAGGUAGCCGGGGCGCGGGAGGCGGCGCGCGCGGGACCCAUCGCAGCGCCGGGAGCUAGACGGAGCUCCGAGCCUCGCGGUCUCGGACGCCGGCGGAGAUCUGCGCCGGCCAUGUGGGGUCCCGGGGUCACCGCCGAGGGCCUGUCGGUGGCUCCAGCGCCACCGCCGCUGCUGCCGCUGCUGCUGCUGCUAGCGCUGGCGUUGGUGGCGCCCUCGCGGGGCGGCGGGGGCUGCGCGGAGCUGGCGUGCGGCGAGCGGGAGCGCUGCUGCGACUCGGCCAACGCCACGGCCGUGCGCUGCUGCAAGCUGCCGCUCCACGCCUUCCUGGACAACGUGGGCUGGUUCGUCCGCAAGCUCUCUGGCUUGCUCAUCCUGCUGGUGCUCUUCGCCAUCGGCUACUUCCUGCAGCGCAUCAUCUGCCCCAGCCCACGCAGGUACCCGCGUGGCCAGGCGCGACCUGGUCAGGCAAGACCCGGGCCUCCCGGGGCUGCCGGACCGCCGGGGACCGCGGGGCCACCCGACGACGACGACGACGACUCGCCCGCCCUGCUGCGCGACGAGGUGGCCGCGGGCUCGCAGGACUCACUGCUGGACAGUGGCGGUGGUCGGGGCCGAGGAGGUGGAGGGCGCCUGCCUCCCUCCUGCGUUUCGGAGCACGAGCUGCGCGUGGUAUCACCGGUCUUUCUCCAGCUGCCCAGCUACGAGGAGGUCAAGUACCUGCCCACCUAUGAGGAGUCCAUGCGGCUGCAGCAGCUCAGCCCUGCGGAGGUCGUGCUGCCGGUGUCCGUGCUCGGCCGUCCGCGAGGCGGCAGUGCCGGGGACCCCGACGGCGGCCAGGGCCGUUUCCCGCUCAUCUGAGUUUAGGGAGCCUCACGAGGAUCGCCCGGAACACACAAGGUUGGGGGCUGCGGGUGGCACGUGUGUGUUGGCGGCCUCCACUGACUGCCUCCGACCACACCUAACAUCCCCGCACAACCUGUAGCCCGCGCUUAGGUUGGGGUCAGCCCCUCCCUCUCGCUUCCCGGGGAAUCUGUGGUUUUAUUUAUUUAUUUUUAUUUUUUUAUGUUUCUUUGGGAUCAAGGCUGGGCAGCUCGGCGGGGCACUGGCUUUGGACUAGCCCCCAGUUCUUCUUGGACGGUCAUCCCCGCCCUCUGCCAGGCCUCCCCUGUGUUCACUGUAAGUGCCUGCUUCGCCAAUCCAAAAGAACACGUAAACCAUUUGGUGUGUCUAGAGACCAGCGGCUUGCUUUACGGUUAAAAGGAAAGGAGCGCGGGUCCAUUCCUUGCUCUCCUGCUUGGACGGGCCACAGUCUCCCAGGACAUAUCGGUGAGGAGCCUUUGGCUCUGGACCACGGGUCUGCAUGCGGGUCUGUGGAACCAGUGCUUGGCUGUGAUGCGAUUCUUGAGAAGGACCCAGAAAACCCUUUGGUGUCUUCCUGGCUCACAGUUUUGUUGGGAGAAGAGAUAACUAGUUAAUCCAGACCGUAUUUAUAAUAUGGUACCGACGGACUUUGAUUUUCAGUAUGUAGACUUUAUUUUGUCCUUUAUUUUUAUAUUUUACCAUGCAUUAGACAAUUCAACAAAUUGACAAGAUAAUCGAUUUUGUUUUAGGCCAGUUACCGUCAAGAAAUCGCCCACGUGCUGUCACUGUUUAACACAGUGUUGGACAUCAUUUCAUUAAGGGGGAGCAGGGUCAAGCAGGAAAUGUGACAUAAAAACAUGAAGGAUAUCUUAUUUUGACUAUUUGAGAAUAUAUUUUAUUUUUAGUACUGAAGCAUAAUACAUAACUUUUUAUAAUAACUGUGUACAUUGUGUAUCCUGGCUCUGAAUUGUAUCAUUCAUCAUGGAAUCAUAUAAAAGGAUCAUUGGGGUAUAUAUAUAUAUAUUCCACACCAUGGAGUAAGAUGGCUUGCUUGGAUUUCCUUCUCUAUUUUUAAUCUAAGGUACAUUCUGCAAUGUAAUUCUAAACAUAAAGACGGACUUGUAACUUUCGUGUAAACCUGAAAUUUUGCAGUAAUGUCCAAAGAUGGAUUCACCCAACCUAUGUUUAUUAAAAUUAAGCGGUAUCAUUUUACUAGAUCUACCACUCUGGGACAUUCCCUUUAAGCAAAGGGUAAUAGGACACAUUUUAAUGCAUCAUGUAUAAUGUACAUAUAGUAUUGUCUGUGUACACUAUGUACAUUGUAUGCCAUAUAGCUGUGGUGGCAUGUGCUAGCAUGAGAGAAAAGGGUGACAAGGAGUCCAGCUUCCCCCGGAGAAGUGUGAAGAGUACCACUUGUCAAGAAAGACUAUCCACAUGGGUCUAUGGUUGAAGAAGUUGGGCAGGCCUAAGAAAUCUUCAAUUAUCUGAUUUGUACUUUUAAAAAUGAUUUGAUUACUUUUAACUUUUAAAGGGUGAUUGAAAAAGUCUGACGUCCUGGGAACUUUUUUAAUGUGUGGAUUAUAAUAAAAGAUUGGUUUGCUUUAAACUUCUCAAAGCUAAUGACCCUGUCAUUAAAGAAAAUCAUCUGAAGUGUAUUAAAGCAGAAAAACACUAAA